AUGCUGGCGUCCUUCGAAAAGGAUGCUGACGUGGCAUCGCUGACUCAGCAGCAGACGUCAUGCUCUUGCUAUCGCAUUCGCAACGAGUACUGCUGCCACCAGUAUAUGUGCAUCUGCUCGCCCAUCUGCUGGAACGGCUACGAGCUCAUUUCUCUCGGUCAACCCAAGUGCGCACCAGCUGCAGAGCAUACAGCACCUCCCCCCGGCCAGGACCCCGUCCUCACCCCCCUCAACUGCUCGCACAAGCACGAAUUUACCUCCACACUCUCAGAUCUCGCCUCCGUGACUGCAGAAGCACGCUUGGCUGUGCGAAGCACAGGGGGGAGGGGGGGCGGAGAAGGGGAUGGUGGGGAAGGGUGGUUGGGGAGUCGUAAGGGAGUAGAUUGGCGGUUUGGGCUGACCAUGCUGCAGCGGUUCAACGACAGCUCUGUCAACCUCUCCCACUUUACUGGUAAGCUUCUCACUUUUCACGUAGAGAAGGUCCUCACGCUCCUUCUUGCCAACAACUUCACAGCGCCAGCUCUGCUGCGCCCCAUGGUCACUCGCUUCAUGCUCCCUCGCGAGGAGCUGGCUCUUGAAAAGAUGAGAAUGAAGGGAGGCGAGGCGGUACACGCGCGGUUGCUGCAGGCAAUGAUUGAGUUUGCUGUCACGCCCAUCCUUUCCCCUCGCGUUCAUGCCUCCCGCCAAAUGACGCUGGGAGACGCCCCUAUGGCAUUCGGGCUGGUGGAGUUUGAAUCUGCAUGGAACGCCGCCACCGAAACCCGCCCCCUCUGCUUCGAAAGACUCCUCCUCCCGGGGGUUCUCAAGGGGCAGGCAUUCCCGUCCCACCCCAUCCAAGGCACCUACCUGGACCGGCACCUGCGGGCAAAGCUGGGGUUGGAUUUGCCUGGGAAAGUGGAGUGGGGGAGGGAUGGGGUGAGGGGGUGGCGGCCUCGUGUGCUUUAUAUUACACGGCUGGGAGCCGAGCUGAAGCUUCGCCGCACCUUUCUGCCGGAGAGUCAUGAGGCGCUGCUGAAGCUGAUGGAGGAGCUGGGAUUGCAGGUGACAAUGGUAGAGAUGGGUCAGUUGACAUUUCGCCAGCAAUUCGAAGCCAUUCAAUCUGCCGACAUUGUAAUCUCCCUGCAUGGAGCAGCCCUCACCAACGUGGCUCUCUUUGCCCGCCGCACGACCGCAUUAAUCGAGAUAAUGCCAUACGGCGUCGCGCACGAGCUUUACUAUUCCCUCUCGCUUAACUCCGGCAUUCCCGAGGGACAGGCGUCCACAUCGACCAUGUCGCAACCCGGCACAUGUUCGCAUGACCAUGACUGUAGCGAUCAUGACUGUGGGGCUGGCUUCUCCCUUUAUAAGAACGUCGACCUCCCUAAGGUGCGAGCGCUGAACGAGGCAGUGGCGGGGAGCGCAGAGGGUGUGUUUCGCAGCUGGGAAGACCGCAUGUCCUUUCCAAGUCAACCAUUGGACAGUAAUGAAGACGAUCCAGAGCUCAUCCUCUUCAUUCCCUUUACAACAGAUGUGAAGAUCAAUAGUAUAGCCAUUAUUGGAGGAGCAGAAGGGACCAGCCCUGCCAAGAUGCGAGCUUUUAUAAAUCGUGAGGACAUCGAUUUCUCUGUGGCGAAUGAUCUUGCUGCAGUGCAGGAGUGGGACUUGACAGAGAAUCUCCAAGGCGAACUGGAAUACACCACCAAGUUCUCCAAGUUCCAGGGUGUGUCCUCUCUUACCCUCCACUUCCCCUCAAAUUUUGGGGGUGAUUUUUCUCGGAUUCACUUUGUCGGGCUCAAAGGAGAGGCCACGCAGAACAAUCGGCGAGCAGUGCCUGCAGUGGUGUAUGAAGCACAGGCCAACCCCAGCGACCAUGAGGUUCCGGCUGACAUGGGAGUCCCGAAGCUUCUUCAGGACAACAAAAUAUCGAAAGUGAAACUUUUUAAUGCUGACCCGCAAGUCAUGAAGGCCCUCGUUGGAUCCAAGCUGGAGGUGACGGUGAUGGUAGCCAAUGAACUGCUGAACGACAUGGCCAUGAAUCCCAAGAAGGCUCAGGACUGGGUUGACUAUAACGUCAAGAGAUACGCGUUCCCAGGAGGCGCCGAUAUAAGAUACGUUUCUGUCGGAAAUGAGCCGUUUCUGACAUGGGACAAUGGAGAGUACAACCUCGUUUUGGCGCCAGCCGUUCAGAACAUCUAUGACUCUUUAAAGGCUGCUGGAUUGGACCAGAAGGUUAAGGUUACUGUCGCGUUCAAUGCUGACGUCAUGGGAACGUCUUACCCUCCGUCGAAAGCAUCUUUCCGGCAAGAUAUCGCCAACCAGAUGCGAAGAAUUGUCUCGCUAUUCAGUGAAACCGGAGCUCCAUUUUCAGUCAAUAUUUAUCCGUUUCUUAACUUAUAUCAGCAACCAGGAGUCUUCACAAUGGGCGAUAUCUUCCUGGAUAGACCAAAUGAGCGGAACUUUACAGAUCCAGGGACUGGCUUGGUUUACACGAAUGUGUUUGACAGCACGUACGAUGCCAUCUUGACAGCACUAUCAAGGAUCGGCUUUCCAGAUCUGCAAGUCAUUAUUGGUGAAAUCGGCUGGCCUUCUGAUGGGCAAGGUUCACUUAAUCCGUAUGCCAACAAUGAUUAUGCUCAAGAGUUCAACAAUGCCAUCAUCCAGCACAUGCUAAGCGGAUCAGGCACGCCUUUGCGCCCUGGCAAGCAGAUUGGAGGAUUCAUAUUUGGGUUACUGGACGAAGACAUGAAAAGCACACUACCUGGAACCUUUGAGCGCCAUUGGGGCAUCUUCCGUGCGGAUGGAACCCUCAAAUACAACCUAGACCUUACAGGGAAGGGCAAUCCAAAUGCUCAGCUUGUGCCAGCAAAAGACGUGGCAUUCUUUUCACGGCAGUGGUGCGUGGUGAAGCAAGGAGCCAAUCCUGCAAAUGUUGCUGCUGCUUUGACAUACGUCUGUGGGGGCGAUAAAAGUGUGGACUGCACCCCAAUCCUGCCAGGAAGUUCGUGCUACUUCAACAACAAGCUGGAAGAUGUCGCCUCUUACGCUUUCAAUUCCUACUUCCAGCUCCAGAAUCAGAGCCAGGCAUCCUGUGAUUUUGGGGGUUCUGCUCAGAUUGUCACCGCCGAUCCAUCAAAGGAUGGAUGCAUCUUCUUCAUUGGCAUGGAUCAAGCCAGCAUGCUGAAAUCCUCGUCCAGGAAACACUGGAUCACUUUGACACAUGCAGCCUUUGGCUGUACCUUGGCAAUGCUACUGAUAUGGUUCCUUUGA